AUGGUCAAGUCUCUCACCACCGCAACCCUCUGUCUGGGGAUGAUCCAGGCCGUUUCCGCUGCCUGCACUAACCCGGCACAACGCAAGUCAUGGAGUGCGCUCACUAGCACUGAGAAGGCCGAAUACAUCGAUUCGACACUCUGUUUGAUGGAUCCGGCACAGGCUCCUUCAAAGACAGGCUUCGCUGGCUCCAAAUCCCGUUGGCACGAGCUUCAAGUGGCUCAUAUUGCCCAAGUUCAAUUCAUUCAUUCCGUUGGUGCAUUUCUUCCGUGGCAUCGUUGGUUUAUGACGGUCCACGAGAAUCUCCUCCGAUCGGAAUGUGGUUAUACUGGCCCCAUACCUUACUGGAACGAGCAGGUGGACCAGGCUGCAGGACCUCUGACGGCUGCCAGCAUUUGGGGCAAUGACUCUUCGACCUCGUUCGGAACUGGCUCUACCGACAGCAACGGAUGCCUUCUUGAUGGCCCAUUCAAAAACGUGAAAUACAACGUCGACAUUCAACUUCAGAGGGGCGCCGAGCACUGUCUUGCCUAUGAUCUCAAGCAAGACGAGUUCGAUCUUGUCUCUCAAGCCCUUGUGGACGCCUGCAACACCCUUGAGUCAUACAGCGAUUUCAACAGCUGUCUUGGCGGAUCGCCGCAUGUGUCCGGCCACUAUGCUAUCGGAGGAACUAUGGACGAUGUUUCUCUCUCGCCUGCUGACCCGCUAUUCUUCAUGCACCACACCAACCUAGACCGUCUUUGGUGGGUAUGGCAAAGCAAAAACACUUCUCGUCUGACUGACAUGGGCGGCCCCAAUGUUGCCAGCGGGUUUUUGGCGUCGGUUCAACCGACGAUUUUGCCCGUGGAGGCAUUCGCUCCGUACUUUGGGGACAAUGGCAACACCACAACUCUGGACCACAUCUUGUGGAUGGCUGGCACUGCCGAGAACAUCACCAUCGCCGAGGUUAUGGACGUCAAAAGCGACGCGAUCUGCGUGGAGUACAUUUAA